AAGGCAGACCUUCCUCCCCCCACCCCCGCCCCCGAGGCCAUCUCAAUCCCAGCUGCGAACCUUCACGAGUGUUGCCAACAGAGGACAGUGCUAAAAAAAAACAUCACUAUCCAUCCUAUUACAGCCGAACACGAGCUUUCCACCCCCCAUACACCACGGCAGAACAGCUACCCACGGUGACCUCCCAUCCUCAGACUGGGUCUCUUUGGCCCUGCGUCUGCCGCAAUCGAGGAGCCUUCAACACACCUCCCCGUUCAUAAUGGAGGCGGAUCAAUUUCAGAGAGCGCCACUCCCUCAAUUGUUCCGGCCCGGUUCGAUGCAUCCACCGGACAAGCCAAGAUAUUUCAACUCUCCGUCUCCUGUACCUGCCAGACGGAUGUCAAUGACAGAUGCCGGCCGGAAGCCAAUGAUGCCGACACCACCAGCGCCCGCUGCAGCUUUGGAUCUGGCCAGUGCUUUUCAACACCUCCCUUUCCAGCGGCUCAAGUUCGUGUCCAAUGACGGGCAACCUCACGCAAAGAGGCGUAGGAUAGCAGCUGCUUGUCGAACAUGCCGUAAACGGAAGACGCGAUGUAGCGGCGAGAAGCCAGCAUGCGAAACUUGUAAGCAGAACCGCCAGGAGUGCCUAGGUUACACCGAAUCAACCCCGAAAGGCAAAAGCCCCCCACGCCACCAUCAUCAGGGCCAAAUUCGAGAUGUCGAGAUCAGAGGUGGCGGAGGAGGCGACAUGGAAAAUAUAUCUUCUAUUCACAUAAAGCACGCCCAAGAAGACAUCCCAUCGCGCUCCCCAACCCCAAGGAGCCAUCAACGUCAUGCCUCGCAGCCAACGUUCCUGCCCAGCCAUGUGUCGAUAAAGCCCGAGGAAUCCCCAGCAUCCUCUCCUAGGUUGCACAGUCCCGAGUAUAUCAUCAAAGAGAGCAAUGCGGAGGAUUCGGAGCGAUCUGAGCAUCGUUCAGACACGAUUCGGGACUUUGGAUUGCCGGAUGAUGAUGAUGAUGGUGUUCGGCAAGAAGUGACGACCCCAUUCCUGGAGACAACAUCACAGCAGCGAGGCAAUAGGAUCCCCUACUUUCGAUACUUCGGGCCGACAGCGAUUGUUCCGGGCUUCAAGCAGAUGGUUGUCGAGGUCAGGCAACCGAAGCCUGUGUACUCACAGUCGGUCAGCUCCGCUUCGACCGUCGGCUCGCCACCCUCGAGCUAUGACUGCGCCACUCCGAUCAUGCUGUCGCCAUCGAAUCGGGACUCCGAGGACGGUGUCCCGUUUUACGAGCCCAGCGAGGCCGGACCGGUCGAUCCGCUCAUAUUCAUCCUUGUCGACGAGUUUUUCAUUCACGUUGGCGCCAAUUUCCCGUUUCUCCGUCGAGAUGUCUUCACACGUGACGUAGAGGACAAGAAAGUUGACGCUUUACUGGUUGACGCUGUUUGCGCAGUAUCGGCACGGUUUUCGUCGCACCCGCUGUUCAGGCGCCACCCUCCAAGCGCGGCAGGCAAACAUUUCUCUAACCGCGCCAAAUCAUCCGUGGUCGAAACGUUCUCGUGUCCGAGCCUGCAGGCGGUCCAGGCUUGCCUCUUGUUGGCCUAUGCCGAAUUUGGAAGCAACCGAGACAGUGGUUUGUGGAUGUUCUUGGGAUGUGCGAUCAGGAUGGCUCAGGACCUCGGCCUUCAUAAACUGGAUGGAAUACACGACGAUGGUACGAGGAUCAUCGCCGAAAGCAACGCAGGCUGGAGCAGAAGCCUUUCACCGACGAACAGAGCGAAGACGCGGAUCGACGGCUCGGAAGCCGGAACUUUCCAGGAAUUUGAGGGAGCCGACGACAAGGAGAGGACUGAUACCUUUUGGGCGGUUUACUUUCUUGAUCGAGUCGCCUCUUCGGGAACCGGAAGGCCUGUUACCCUCAAAGAUGCCGAAAUUGAGAUCCAUAUGCCACCGGUAAACGAACCUCAGAGUGAUGAUGAGUACCCUCAUCCGUUCCGCGGCUUGAUCCAUAUUAUAUAUCUAUACGGUAUAGCCACGGACAAGCUCAACAACAUCAACACCAGCGGUGACCCCAACCAAACCAUCGAAGGGCUCAAGGGGCUCUCCGAAAUGGCUGAAGUCUUAUACCGUCAACUUCCCGGCGAACUUCAAUUCAGUGUCGCCAACUUCCAGCACUAUGUGAAGAUCAAUCAGUCUGCGGUAUUUCUGUUGCUUCACUUUUGGUUCCACGCACUCAUCGUGCUCCUCCAUCGUCCCAACGUCCUUCAAGGAGUCGACGGGGAACCUCAACAGCUUUUCCCGGAAUCGAACGAGCUGUCAACGUCCUCGGCCAAGACGAUCGUCGACAUCUAUGCUUUCGCCGAAGCGGUGGACGCGGAUAUGAGGUCGGUGACAGGCAAUCCGUUCAACAGCCAACCGAUAUAUAUCGCAGCGUGCGCGUUCCUGCAGGAGUCUGCCACGCACGGGCUCAUCUCCAGGACCCUGUCGACUCCGAUGGAUCAGGAUUUAGGCCAAUCACUAGUCUCCGCCGGCAGCGCUGUCACCAAUGCGGCUAAUCUAGCUUCGUCAAAGCCACGAAGGAACUCUUCCAGCCACUCGCUUCUCGCCAUCGCAUCCCACGAGCAUUAUCAGCGUUGCUACAAGGCACUCAAGGAUAUCGAGCCGUAUUGGCAGGGGGUCAAGUAUAUUCUGGCAGUAAUGGACCAGAAGGCCAAAGGCGUCGUCGAUCCGCUGCUUUAUAUCCCGGACGAGGAAAUUGAGAGCGUUGAAGUGCAUCAAUGGGGACGUAAAGUCUGGAGUCUUCUUAAGCGGCGGGAAAAAGUAGUCGAACCUAUUGGCGAGGGUAUUGGAGUGCCAGAGAUGCUUGCCCGUGGAAACUCGGAAUUCCCUGACGAAGCAAUCGGACUAUCCAUGACCGGCUUCACAGACUCGGUGAACUCGACCUACAACGUCCACUACCAGCAGCACCCGGAGCGUCCGCAAGCAGCAUUUCCCUCGUCGCCGGCUCCCACGAAUGCAGGCCACCACCAGCAGCAACAGCAGCAGCAGAUGGGGCACUCACCACACUCGACACCCUGUUCCUACGCGAACACGCACACGCCGCUCACCACGGCCGCUGCAGUAAACCCGGGGGUACCGAUGAGCACCGGCGGCGGCGGCGCAUAUCUGCAAAGCGGUGGUGGUGGCGGCGGGUUCGACCAGCGAGCACUGGCCGUAAUCUUCGAUGCCGGCGGGUCCUCGCUCGAAACGGGCGUCGUCGAUCUGGGAAUACUAAGCGCCGAAAUGGGAAUUCCAGACUGGUACACGCUCGAGUACAUGCCGCAUCCGGUUGAGGGCGGAGGAGGAGGAGGCGGCGGCGGCAUGGGCUUCGAGCAGAGGAAGUCGGAUGGCCGCGUGUGUCAGUGGUGAGGUGGGGGGAUUUUCGAUUGGAGGGCGGAUGAAGGAGGGCGGAGGGUGCAGGGCGGAGGCAGUGGGACGUUCAUUCUUCUCUUUUU